AUGCUCAUCUCUAACAUCACAGCAGCUGGAAGAGUACAACUCUCGGUGAACUUCCACAGUCCUGUUGAUUAUCUCACUUUUAUUUUUCAACUUUCAUUCGCUACAACUGCUGUUCUGGUGGCUGCACCUGUAGUCAUUACCAUAUUGGCCACCAGAGCUCUCCGCCUCCAAAACAGGUUCAUGUUCAUGCUGAACACUAGCAUUAGUGAUACGUUGGUUGGGUUUUCUGUGUAUUAUCUCGGUCUGUUUGACGUUCAAGAAGGAUAUCCUUCGAGAAAUGGAACGUAUAAUAUGUUACCUUCUCUUCUUGGGGUAAACAUUAUGACAUUUUUAUUUGCCCAGUUUGACCGGUAUUUUGCCGUUUGUCAUCCAUUCAUCUACAGUCGCUAUAUAACCCGGCGGGUGGUUAUAUCUGCAAAUGUCUAUUGUUGGCUUCACGUCUAUACUCAGUCGAUCAUUACAAAUUUCGUGCCACUUUCCAAAGCAAUGCAGGUGUAUGUUUUCAGUAUUGUCAGCUUACAAUUAAUUGUGUUCACAAAAGUGGUCAUGACUAUUAAACUGUAUGUUAUUGCAAGGUACCAGCUUAGCAGAGACCCUCCCAGCGCCGACAAAGACAGCAAGAAGGAGUCAUUGAGAAUCAUUAUUUUUGUUGUCAUAAGCUUCUUAGUGUUGUGGUGUCCCUCUUUUAUUAAUAUUAUCAUCAGAUUUAUGGUAGGAGGAGGGCUGACGUUUAGGAACGAGGCCACCAAUCUUUUCGCCAUCAUGGCUCGUUUUAACUCUGUGUGCACACCGUCUGUGUAUAUCUGGGGGAGUUCGGCUCUCAGGGAAGCCAUGGUGAGGACAGUGUGGGGCAGACUGUGCCCAAGAUGCAAGAGGAGGUAA